GCAAAACUUAAAUUCUGUUUUGUAAAGCUGCGUCUGUUGACGAGAGAAUCUUGAAUUCCGUAUUCUGCUCCCGUGAAUACCCAAUGAAUAGAUUCACAUCAUCCAUCUACUUGUACUUGAACUCCCAAGCCACUUUAUCGAAAGGUCUGAACUUUAUUGAUGAGGUUCCCCACACCUACAUUCAUAUUCAUUUUUCUAGAAAAGAAGCAAUACUAGUUAUUCAUUCAACACCUCGAUCUUUCUGAGUUGUUUAUUGACAUUGUUGACUUUUCAAAGAUCGAACACAUUUUCCGACUCAUUGUAGUCACAGUACCUCGGAAUAAUUGUUCUGUUGCGUGGUAGUAGCAGUGCUAUCGUAUUUUCCUUUUGCUUUUCUUCUUUCUGGUCAAUCAAAAUGUCUUGUUUUGCUGGUAUUUGCGGCUCUGUUUGCGGUGGGUCCUCCGCGCCACCUGCCCCAAUAAAGCCUGCUCCACUUUCUCCUCGUGCGUUUGCGCAAGUGUCUCCCCGUGGACAACCACAACAAGCAGGCCUCAUUAUUCCAGAAACCAGUGAUCCAGCAGCAGCUAUCCAACAGAGUCUGACGCCCCAUGUUUCUCUUUCUGCUAAUCUAGUGAAAGAUUUGGAAGGCACGCACGGAUUCCAAAGUCUGCUUUUGCACAAGUCCGAGUCUCAAGGUGAAAAGCACCGCUUGCAGAACUAUUACAAGAUGCCUCCUGGGAGUGAAGACGCUUUGUUAGGCGAAGGUGGCUUUGGGUCUGUCAAAAAGAUGAUCCACAUGGCGACAGGCAAACAAAGGGCGGUGAAAAGCAUCGAAGUAACGUCCGAAAAUGUCGGAAUGAUCAGUGACGAACUGUCGAUUCUGCUGAAUUUGGACCACCCCAACGUGUUGAAAGUGUUUGAGUGGUACCACGACCCAGAGAACGACAUGAUGCAUAUCGUAACGGAAAUCUGCAGGGGUGGGGAACUGCAAGACUUAGUAUUGGAACAUCAUACAGUGAACUCGGCGGCGUUGUUGAUACAGGUACUAUACUUUCUAGUAACUUCACAUCAUCAUCAUCGGCAUUGAUUAUAGAAAAACAAAAACAUUCUUAUUCUUUUAGUUUUACUUUCUGAGCUGAUCUUGAUAGAACCAGGAGCAAUCUCAGAUUACUUCCAAGCGAAAAUCCUCAACCCCACCUCCCAUUUCUAUUUUUGUUAGGUAUUCCACGCAGUUCAGUUUUGUCACGGAAUGGGUGUUGUUCACCGAGACAUGAAACUGGAGAACUGCUUGCUCAAAGAGAAAUUCAACCCGGACGCUAAGGACCAGGGCGCUGAGGCCAGACGCGCCCUCAUUAAGGUGAUUGAUUUUGGUCUAGCAGCAACGCGAGGAAAGGGCGAGGCCAUGAGCGAAGUCUUGGGGACGCCAUACUACAUUGCGCCGGAGGUACUGAGACUGACGUUCUUGAUUGCUUACAGUAGUUCUAGGAACGCCAUACUGCACUGCGCCGGAGGUACAACUCCUACCAUUUUUCAAUACGUCGACAAUAUCAACAACUUCAACAAGAAGAACGAACUCAUUGAUUCAUGGUUGUGCUUCUCCCUAUUGAAAUCAAAGUGCAAUCCACCAGGUCCUCCAAUCUGUCUAUGAUGAGAAGUGUGACGUGUGGGCUUUGGGUGUGAUGAUGUAUAUGCUCUUAACCGGCGAACACCCCUUCGUCGUGCCCAGUGAUGUGAGGAGAAAAUCACCAAAGAAACUGUUUCAUCGCAUAAAGUUAAGGCUAGUAAUAUACAUAGAUAAAAAGAAUUCAAAUUCAUCUUACUUUUGAUGCAUCCUACUUACCUUGAUUGAAAAGUAUGAUAGAUGCGCGAGUAUUAAUUCUCGUGCUAUAGCUAAGUAUACUCUUCAAGGAAGAUGGUGCACCAGUCGUAGAAAGAUGAAGUACGGGGAGCUCUAAUAAAGACCAACCCACCACAUGAAGAACCCAUUGCAAUGAUGACGCCUGAUGCUAGAGAUUUGGUUCUGAAAUUGUUGGAAAAAGACCAUACGAAGAGAAUAUCAGCGGCACAAGCUUUAGCGCAUCCAUGGUGUGAGAGGGUGCGGAGUCAGGUACUGAUUGUUAAAAACCUUAUUUUUUCUAUGAACUUAGUUACGACGACCACUUCCUCUUUCACUUCAAAAGAUUGUCAUUGAGACCAACGUCUGCGUUUUUAAUCUUUUAGAAGCAUCUUCGCAAAAGCAUCAAAGCACACAUCCGCCUUUCCUCCAUACAGGUAAUCGGCGAAACUCAAGUCAACCGCACAGUUCUGAAAUCCGCGUCUGAGAAUAUGCAAACCUACUGCCGCAUGACCCGCCUAGAACGUGUGUUGCGGACUGUUGCUGCCCGCGAAGCCGCUACUCACGACAUGGAAGACCUGAGAAAGGCGUUUUUCGAGUUAGAUAAGGAUGGCAAUGGCAAAUUGUCAAGGGAGGAAAUCGCCCAACUCUUCGAAGAAAAGAUCGGGGGCCAAGACGGCGGCGGCUCUAGCGCGCCUAUUCUGUCUGACGAACUAUGGGCAGCUGUGGACACAGAUGGCAGUGGCGAAAUCGGCUAUACCGAAUUCCUUGCGGCAGUGAUCGAUCGAAGCCGUUUCGCCAAUGAAGAGACGAUUAGGGGAGCUUUUCAAUAUUUCGAUUUGGAUAACAAUGGGUACAUCGAUAGGCACGAGCUGGAAUUGGUCGUAGGCGAAGAUGAGGCAGGACGGGCGUUGAAGCGAUUGGACAGGAAUGGCAGUGGGGACAUCGAUUGCUCUGAAUUCGCGACGUUGGUGAAGGCACUCUCCAGGAAAAACAAGAGCUGCCUGCAGUACUGCCGAAAAUUUACCCAAGAAGACUUCGUUGAGCUAUCCUAAGAACUACGACGGUGAGCGGUAGUUAUCCUAGACCUAGAAACAAAAACGUCUGCGCACAAGAACUUCUACCCCAGUUCGAAACUCCUCUUAAUGUCACUAAGUUGUAGUGAGUUCUUUCUUCUUAUGGCGGUUGUAAGUAAAAGUAUUACUAUGAAUAAUCAGGAAAUCGAAAUCGCUCUCGCGGUUACACGACGAGCACGGGCAGGACGUGCUUCAGUGACUGUAGUAGAAGUUGAAAACAUUUAAUGUGAAGAGAAUGAGUGAGAGUGUGACACCUUGUCGAUGAUUUUUUGAGAAUAUAAAAAUAGUUCCAGGGUUUUCCCUCUGAAUCGUAGGUUUUCUCCCUUCAUGCAAUUGAAGAUGAUAGUUUUCGUUCUGAGAAGAGUUGAAUAUCCAUGACGUCAGAUGAAGGGAUCCCUUUAGCAUGUUCAUCAAGGGAGAAGCUAGAGGGAUACGUCACGAAAGGGCGAGGUUAUCAUGGAUUGCCGUACUACAGAGUACUAGCAUGUUUUUCAUGGUCGGAUAAGAAAUGACUCCUUUGUCGAUGACAUCAAUGUUGUUGAUCUUGAAUAGACUUAGAUUGAUUCUUGUUGGAAGUUCUCGAAUAGAUGAAAUCAGUAGAUCUAGAACCUCUUAUGGCGUGUCAGGAUGAUUAUGUAGUAGUAGUUUUUUUUACUACUUGCUGACAAUCAGGGACCACGACGGACUACUAAUUCCCUUUCAUCUACUUAAACAUACUGAAAGCAGCUCGCUGUACAGAGGCCGCGGCGAAAGAAAUGAUUCAUUGAAUAGUUUAGAAAAAUCCUUAGACGAUUCCGAAUGAAAAUGAAAAAUUGAACGCUGAUGGACUACAGAAGUCGUGUUUGUGAUUCCAUAUUGCAAAAAACGCACACGGACAUUCUUGUUUUCGCAGCUUUUCGAAAUUCAGGGGUUAGUCGAUUCCUGUUCAUCGUCACGACAGACACCGUGCCUGAGAAAAAGGAGAGACCACUCUACCUUCCGAAAACAUGAAACAGAAACGACCGAGAGAUGACU